AUGCCGGGAAUCAUUCCCAUGAAACUCAUCAAGUGCGGAUCGUCGCAGACGCGUAUCGCACAGGCGUGCGAUCGCUGCCGCUCAAAGAAGAUACGCUGCGACGGCGUGCGUCCGUGUUGCUCGCAGUGCGCCAACGUCGGCUUCGAGUGUAAGACCUCGGACAAGUUGUCGCGGAGAGCUUUCCCCAGGGGCUACACUGAGAGCUUAGAGGAGAGAGUCAGAUGUUUGGAGAGGGAGGUUAGGGAGUUGAAGGAUUUGCUCGAUGCAAAGGAUGAACAGCUCGAAAUGAUCUCGAAAAUACACUCGUUCUCGCCGUAUUCGCCACCGGCGAGCAAUGCGUCCGGGACGAUGCGCGGAGCGAGGAAGAGUCCCGAGAGCUUGGCGUCCGCGAGAAGUGGGAGUGUGGAAGGGGAUGAAAUGCUUACGAUUGCCGAGCCGACGGGAUUAAUCAGUAUGGAUGGUCGCGACGGAAUGUACAUGGGUGCUUCGAGCGGAACGACAUUCGUGGAUACCGUAAAACAGCGGAUGAAGGAGGCUGGACGUUAUACAGUGGAGUUCGAAACCGAGAGAUUUUUUCAGGGGCAGUCGUCGUCCAUCACAGAAGCGGAUGCUAUGUUGCAGCCAGAUGCCAUCAAGCCUCCACCGAGGUUGUUGUCGGAUCGCUUGCUCGUUUCUUACUUCCAGGAGUACCAUCCUUUGUUCCCCGUACUUCACAGGCCGACCUUCUUGUCGACAUACGAGAAGUUGGUUGCAGAUUCCGACACAGCGGCUCUUCCUCCUCACGAUGUUGCAAAACUGUUCUUGGUCUUUGCCAUUUCACUACAACAGCACGAGCCAGGGAAUAGUGUGGAUCAGCAGUCGUUCGAUUUCCAGUGGCAGCGAGCGCUAGAUUCGGUCUUGACCCAAACGUCGAUCAAUACUCUCCAGUGUUUGGUUUUGGCACAACUCUACUGCUCUGCUAGGGGUGAUUAUUCCAAGCUGCUUCACUACAAGAAUCUCGCUGUCGGCAUCGCAUUGAGAAUGGGAUUAAAUCAUAGCCAGCGCAAAUUCGCACUCGGUGCUCUCAGGGGUGAAAUGAGGAAACGAGCCUUCUGGUGUGUCUACACCGUUGACGUAUUCUCAGCUGCGAUGCUUGGUUUGCCCAAGCUCCUAAGGGAGGAGGAGAUUGAUGCCGAAUACCCGUCCGACAUUGACGACGAAUAUGUCUCGGAAGAGGGCUUCUUGCCGACGCUUCCCGGCGACUCGACCAAGAUCUCAAGCGCCUUGGCACUCUUCCGUUGUUCUCGGGUGCUGGCACAAGUUCUCGACGUGGAGUAUUCGACCUCGACAUCACACGAGUUGAGCUACGGCAAGCUUAGGGAUUUGGAGGAGGAACUCGAUGCCUGGAAAGUCGGCUUGGCCCCACAUCUUCGGCUGGAGUUUGUCAACGGCUCUCCUGCCACUAAUAUCGUCCACAGUCGUUCGCCCUUAUUGGUCUUUGCGUACCACUACAUCCGUACGUUGAUCCAUAGGCCGAUCGUAGGAUCGUGCUACCCGCAUCACUCCUCGUCGGCACUACUCGCCAUCAGAGCUUCCAGCAAAUGCAUUGUCCAGAUCAUGGAUCUCCUCACCGAGAGAGGUUUGGGCUUUGCCUUCUGCUUGAACAAGGCGCAAGUCCUGCUCCUCGCCGGAUUCUCAUUCCUUUACAGUGCGGUAGAUUCGCAACGGGAUGGAUUGUUGGCCAAAGAGAACCAGAAACUGGUUUCCUUGGUUCUGGGCGAGAUGCAGAGUGGUUCGCCUAGUCUGGCACAAACCUUCGGAGCCGUCGCUUCAUCGGUUGUCAACAUCUUCGAACCGCAGAGUCCUGUCCAAGUCGCCAAAUCAGAACAAGCGGUGUCUCCCAUGUCGACAUCGAGUCGCCCCUCGACGUCCCCAGAGUUGCAGCACUCCACAGUCCGGAGAGCGAUUUCAUCCGUUUCCGCAAAGAUUAAGCGUUCACCUUCCAUUAGCAACGCCGCUAGGAGAUUAUCGCUUUCCCAGGAUUUCGGUGCCUCUACGAAUGUGCACAGUCUAGCCAAUCCAGACAGAUUAAUGUCGGCAUCCCUGACGGAUCUUCCCUGUACUUCUCGUGUCCGGUCUAUGCAUCAUCAGCAGUUGUCAUCACAACCGGUGAGAUCUGCGGCACCCCAGAGCCGACAUUCCGUCACGUACGAAAGCUCACCCCUCGACUUCCUGUGGUCGCUUGAGGCUGCACAGCAGAGUAUGGCCUCAGGGAAUGUCCCACCAUCCUCUGCAGAUGCAGCCGUUGCCGUGUCUGGCGACGACUGGGAACGUAUGCUGGCCAUGAUGGAUGCCAACCACGCUGUACACAUCUACGGCGACGGCAGCCCACCAGACGGCCCGGGCUUCGAGAACAAAGUCAGAAUCCCCACUGGCGAAGGAUUCCACUCGGGAGAAUUCGAUUCGCUGAGCGAAGAAAGUGACGAGGCACCUCGUCGGAUGUCGGAGGCGUUUACCGAUGGGGGAGCAGCCGGGAGACUCGGCGACUUCCUGGCUCCCAUGAUGGGUGCCGGUGGGACGGGAGGUGGCCAACAGCAAGUCCUGGUCGAUAUCGACGAUCGAUGGAUAUAGUCCAUCAUCUGUACUUUGCUUUUUUUUCCCCUUUUUUCCUUCCGUGGGUUUGUGGGGUUUUGGCCUGCUUCAUGCGUUCACUUCUUCUUGUUAUUCUUCUACUACUUAUUUUUUUUACUUGUAUGGAUCGUUUUGGUUUGGUUUCAUCUUUUCAUCUUUUUCAUGUGUUUAUUUUUGUUGUCUUUCUGGGGUUUAGGUGCUGUGGA